CGCCCACAUACGUGACGCGACUGCGUUGCCGUCUAUAUUAGUCAGCAGCGGCCGGUGCAGCCGGGCACACGGAUUAGCGAAGAAACUGUGGGAUAGCUCGAGCAGGAAGCCCUCGAGCGCCGCCCGGUCCGUCACAUAUAUAUAUCGCUGUGUCGGAGUGAUCUCGGAAGGAAGAAGGGCUGGUUGAGAUGGCGGGAGGGAAGGUGUACUCGUUUGAGGAAGUGCGAAAGCACAACGAUCGGAAAGAUUGCUGGCUCAUCAUCUCCGGCAAGGUGUACGACGUGACGCUGUUCAUGGAGGAGCACCCCGGCGGCGACGAGGUCCUGCUGGCGUCCACCGGCAAGGACGCGACCGCCGACUUCGAGGACAUCGGCCACACCGACUCCGCCAAGGAGCUGAUGCCGCAGUAUUGCAUCGGCGAGGUCGACGCGGCAACCGUCCCGGCCAAGAUCACCUACGCCGUGCCCAAGGACGCGAGCCCCAAGAAGGCCGCGACGAGCACGGGCGCUUGGGCCACGCUCCUGCCGCUCGCCGUGCCUGUCCUGCUGCUGGCGCUGGCCUUCGUGCUGCAGAGCUUCGCCAAGGCCAAAACGGAGUAGAGAAACCCAGAUACCCGUUGUUGAUUCCGCUGUGUCGCUGGCCUAUAGCUUCUUGGAAGCAUCUGAAUUCUGAACAUUUCGUUGGAGUCGUUGAUGUUAUUGUGACAAGCUCUUCACGUCUACCGCUGUAAUUGGUUCGAUUUACUGCGGAAGUACAAUCCUAAGUAAGUGUUAGUGGUUUCACAAUAAUAAUUUUCUUUCUGGUGUC